AUGGCGUCCGGAGUCCAUGGCAAAACAGUCAAGGGAGGCGCUCUUGAGGAGAGCGUCACUGAGGACGUCCAAACCCAGCCCGGCUCGGCACCGCCGCCGCCCACUCUAGCCGCGGAGCUUGUCGGAGGCCUCCCAAAGGAAUCUCAACGUACGAAACCUGACGAGAUCACCGAGAUCAAGCGGUUGUGCACCAUUAUCGAGAAGGAAAAAGACAAGGCUGGUUCGGAUCUGGAAAAGACACAUGAAGAACGGCUUGCCUACAAUCACAUCCUCUUCUAUGUCUGCGCUGGACCUGUCCUUGAUGUUGUCAAAACCGACGACCCAUUCGCGAAUUUCGCCCGCUUGCAGCUCAAGGCUCAGAACACCAUUAGUCUUCUCAAGCUUGCCGUCCAAGAGACCCCGGAUGUGCUGAACCGGACUACCGAUGGAAAUGAGUUCUUGCUACGCGGCCAGGAACCGCUGUGGCUAUGGUUCCUACCCAGGUUGCUUGCGCUUCUGGGUCGUGCUAAGGUACUUGGUAUUACCUCUGCCGUUGAGGACUUCUUCCACUUUACUUUGCAAACCAUUGCUGAACAUGUGCCCCUCUGGGAUCUUGGGCCACUCUUGCUUCAGUAUUUUCAAGCAAGCUUGCGCGCCAUACUUGAGCAUUUCCAAUCGAGCCAGGUUACCGACAUAUCCCCUACCCUCGACAUUCAACUUCCGCCGGAGACGUUUCUUCGAGCCUUGGACCUCGCCGAUGCAGAUAUUCCGUCCAAGUUCUCCUACACCAUUCGGGAUUCCGAACAUGCUAUCCGCCACGCCAUCAGCCUUUUCCACAUCCUCAAGACAUCAAUUCUGCCCGCGGGGGGUGCCGAGCCCCCACUGCUGUACCGCGAAAACAUUGCUUGGAUGAUGGACGUGUUUCAGCCGCUCUUCUCUGUUUUGGUAGACUGGUCGACACAACUGAAGAUAAGUCUAGCACCCUAUGUUCAGACUGCUAUAGACCUAGCCGAAGCCGCGGACGACACUCUACGCCCAAAAGCGAUAUCCGCCCUUGCGUUGCUAUGCGGCGAGGUACUAGAUAGAUCGGAGCAAUAUCUUGGCGAAGACGAGUUUGGGCUGGCUAUGAGGCAGACACUCUCUUUGGCUUUGCUCCAUCUCGUCAAGGAAGCAGAUAACCACAGGUCUUUGAUUCAGUUGAUCGAAUCCCGAGUAGUCAUCCCUGCCGUUAAUUUCACUACAGCUAGCCUUCCUAACUCAGACCUAUGGAGGUCAGCCAUGUUCCUUCAGCAGGCAGUGUCUGCGGAGACUUCUUCUUCCCAGGUUCCUAAAGAACUCAAUUCCAGUAAAUUCGCUGACGACACCCUUCGUCACCAAGUCGAACAGUUGGGCUUCGAUUCUGUUGUCGAGGACGCUGAACCAGCACCUAAACGAAGGAAAAUUGUGGAGCACCAAUCAUUAUCAGCCGACAUCGUCGAAGAAAUAUGCCGUGUAGCUAACCUGCCAACCUCCGAAGACAUUUCGUCUCUAGAAGAUAGCCUAAUUGGUGCCUUCCCCAAGCUGACAACACUUCAACAAUGUCGAGUUAUUGAGCUCAUUUCCUUUGUCCCGUGCGCUACCGAUAAUACGCUGGGACUCGAAGAUUAUGGUCCGGACUCAUCGGGCUCCUCGUUGGCCUCUUUAAAAUGUUCCCAUUGCUCCAUAUUCGGAUAUUCAGCCUUUACGCAAGCAUGUGACGAUGCCGUUACAAAGAGAACUGCCUACAAGAUCCUGGAGAAGCUUGUCAAGAGUCCCAGCUUCCGUGGUUCUAGGCGCCCUCGUGUGUACACGAUGGUGCGUUUACAACGCAUGUUGCGGCAUACCGUCCUUCCUGAGUUCCGCGAUCUAGAACUGUCGGUACUUGGACAGUGGUGUGUCCAAUCACUACGCAGUUCUAUACGAGAACUCCGUAUCGCUGCUGGUCGAACACUUGCCGUUCUGUUAAAUGAGGCGGAUGGUACGGAAUCUGACCGUGCUGUCGUCACAUGCAACCAAGGCAAUAUCCUUGACAUCCUUAAGUUAAUAACCAACGAGGACGCUCUUCACUUGCACGAAACUUGCAUUCUGGCUUGGGGCCAAGCGGGAAGAGUUGUAUCUUCCGACCACCUUAACCUGAUUCUGAUCAAGCUCGUUGAGUAUUUGGGAUACAACAACUCGGUUGUCUCUGCUAUGGCUGUUAACGAAAUCCUCAACAUCGCAACGUAUCGUGGAAUAACGCCCCUGCAGCUGUUUGCGCCAUACUGGGAGAACAUGGCGGUCCUGGUGGUCAAGGACUCGGUUUCGGCACCGCAGACCACGAGGAUGUUCCGAACGUCGAAGAACAUGCCAAUGGCACUGCUCAGCGCGAUAUCCCCCAAAUUCGACAAGCCCGAUCCUGAUGAGGACCCCGAUGAGAAACGGCCGGCGUCUCUUUUUAAAGCUAGUGGCGGGGCUGAUGAAAACAAGAAGGCACUGAUAUCGGCAUGUUUGCUUUCUGCACUUGGCUGCGACGAGCUUCGCUCUGAUGCCUUUGCGUGCUGGUCGGUCAUGCUUUUGCACAUGGACGAGACGGAUGUGCCAAACUUGCUUGACAUCACGCUCUGGGUGAUCACACAUCACUGGACAUGCUUCGACGAGAGUACCAAGCAACAGGCUCAGGUAGUCCUCAACGCCCUUUAUCAGACAAAUAGGGAUGAUCUCGUGGAGGCAACGGCCUCGAUGACGACUUUCAAUCACCUCCCUGACUUGGCUGAACACCGCAAGCGUCUGGAUCUACUGCCAGGGUCAAAAUUUACUCGUCAAGAGCUUUUCAGCACGUUUCGCAGACGACUGAGACACGAGCAUCCAGGCGUUAUUGAACAGGCUUUGACCGAGCUCCUCGAGUUAUUGCGGCAACAUCAAGCCUAUAUUCAAGCGUCCGCUCUCACUGAACAACCCAAAUCGUUCAUUCCGCAACUUACACGAUCCGUUCUCGAUUGUGCGGCCAAAUACAAUGGUUGGCAGCCUGGAAUCAUGCGCCUUUGCGCCGAGUGCAUGGGUAUCAUUGGGUGCCUUGAUUCGAACCGCAUAGACAACAAUCGAAAACAGAAGCGAUUUGUCGUCAGUCACAACUUCUUAGAUGUCAGAGAAACAUCGGACUUUGUGUGUUUCAUGCUGGAGAACGUUCUCGUCAAGGCUUUCCUUUCCACUACAGACACCAAGUUUCUGAGCUUCCUUUCUUAUGCGAUGCAGGAGCUCCUGGCCAGGACGGGCAUGAAUGUGGCCUACAAGACUGAGGGACAGGGCCAACAAAAGAUAUUAUACGACAGAUGGCGGAAUUUCAAGGACAUAACCAAGGAGAUUUUGACGCCAUUUUUGACAUCCGAGUUUGUCGUUUCGUCUGGAAUGAAUAUGCAGGAAACCAAAUACCCGGUUUUCGACCCCCAGAAAUCAUAUGAGAGCUGGCUGAAAACGUUUGUUCUCGAUCUUCUUCGCAACCCACAGAAUGCCAACAGUCGGAUCCUCUUUCCGCCUCUCUGUCGACUUAUUAAGGUCCAGGAUCCUUCUGUCAGCGAGUUCCUGUUGCCUUAUGUGGUGCUACACGCCGUGAUAGAGGAAGAACACACUGCCAAGGAAUUAGAAGAGAGCCAGAUGCUCGAGGGGCAGAGUGGGUUGGGCGCCGCCGAGGCCCGCAACAACAAGUCAAAAGGCCCAGAAUGGAGGGAAAAAGUAACGGCUGAGCUGAAGACCAUUUUGGAGUAUCAACCGCCGGAAACCGCCACAUACUCCGAGAAAGAGGAAGUCAAACUUUGCUAUGAGGCCGUGUUCCGGAUCCUUGACUACUUCAAAAACUGGCUGCACAUCAAAAAGUCUCAGUCAGUACCCCGGGACAUAGAUGCGAGGUGGUGUCCCUUGGUCGAGGGCGUGCUUUCUUCCCUUGAUCCAGAACUUGUUGCUCGGCGAGCGAUCGACUGUGGGCAAUAUGCUCGCGCUCUUUUGUUCCUGGAGCCACACAUUGAAAGCCGCAGACACCAGGCCAUAGGUGACGAAGCAACUCGUCUUAUGCGAUCGGUGCACGACAUCUAUACCCAGAUCGAUGAUCCUGACGGACUGGAUGGUAUCUCUGCAUGCAUGAAAGACCUCGGGUUUAAGGAGCAGGCUCUCAGUCAUCGCAAAGCGGGCCGAUGGACUGCUGCACAGACCUGGUAUGAGAUACAGUUGGCUGAAUCGCCAGAUGAUGUCAAUCUUCAGCUCGACCUCUUGACCUGCCUGGAGGAAUCAGGCCAGUAUGAUAACCUUCUGAGUUUUGCUGAAGGAAUCGAGAAGACACCGAGUAGCCUGGGCAAGGUAAUGCCUUUCGUUCUCGAAGCGUCGUGGGCGACUGGCAGAUGGCAGAUCAUGGAGAAGUAUCUACGGUCGUACACUGAGGGCGACGUAACCGAUAUCUUCAACAUCGGCAUCGCUGAUGCUUUGCUCUGUCUCAAGGAAGGAGAAGGAGAAAGAUUCGAAGACCUUCUGCAAGCAAUGCGGGACAAGGUGGCUGGCUCCAUGACCUUUUCAGCGACAUCGUCUUUCAAGACCUGCCAUGGUGCGAUGCUGAAGUGUCACGUCCUGGCAGAUCUUGAGAUGAUUGCCAACGCGGAACCAGUCGAGGGUGAAGGUCAUGACCCGCUUAUGAAGGCACUGGAACGCCGCUUGGAGGUACUCGGCGCCUAUGUUAGCGACAAGCAGUAUGUGCUUGGGGUAAGGAGAGCAGCAAUGGAGUUAAUGAGAUAUCGUCGUCAUGGCUUGCCACUGCUCGCUUGGCUAGAAAUCUGGUUCGACUCAUCUCAGUCUUUCAACGCCGUGCUGCGUGCGCAGCAGCUUGGAGAUAGCUCUGCAGUCUUGGAGUACGCAAAGCUCUUCUACAAGGACGGCCAGCAUCGCAAGGCGAUCCAGCUAUUGCAGCGCGCCAUCGACGAUGAUGUCUUUAACAACGAUAGUGCAAUGGUGAUAGAUACUCCGACAUCUAGUAAGAGCCAAGAGUCCCAUCGCAAUCUACUGAAAGCCAAAGCCCAUUUGCUUCUUGCCAAGUGGCUCGAUUCCACCGGCCAAACUCAUGCUGGUGCUUUACGCUCAAAGUUUCAAGAGGCGGCCAAAACCCACCCCCAAUGGGAGAAGGGACACUACUAUCUUGGGCGCCACUACAAGAAAGUUUUGGAGUCCGAAAAGGCGCUCAGCCCGGAUGACCAAAGCGACGCAUACUUGACCGGCGAAACCGCCAAGUUGGUCAUAGAGAAUUAUCUGCGCUCACUCAACUUUGGGACGAAGUAUGUUCACCAGACCUUGCCACGAAUUCUGACCCUUUGGCUCGAACUCGGGACGCAAGUCGACGAAUCGUCACUGGGCAGGGUGACGUUGUCCGCGGAGCUGCAAAACCGUCGGAGGGCCAUCCUUCACGACCUUUUCAAGCAUUUCAACAAGCAUCUACCCAAGAUGCCAGCUUACAUAUUCUAUACGGCUUUGCCGCAAAUCGUGGCUAGAAUAGCCCAUCCGAACAACGACGUGUUCAAGAUUCUGGAGCAAAUGAUCAUCAAGGUGGUGGAAGCACACCCUCGACAGGCUAUCUGGAGUCUCUUCUCUUUUAUGACGGGUCGUAUGAACAGUGCUAGGCGACACAGAGGGCACAAAGUUCUGGACGACUUGAGAGCCAUCGGGAGAGAAGUUGAUAAGACAGGCUAUGAUCUGAAGCAGUUGCUCAAGAUGAGUGAGAAACUUGCUGAGCAGCUCCUUUUAGCAUGCAACAAGGGCGAUUUCCAAAGCAACAGGACGGUGAAAGCAAGCAUCACGAAGGAUUUGAACUUCAACCACAAAUGCACGCCUGCAUUUUCCGGGGACGUCAUCACCAUUGACGGGUUCCUUGAUGAUGUGCUGGUGCUGGGAUCCCUAGCGAAGCCGCGCAAACUGACAGCUCGCGGAUCCAACGGGCAACUCUAUGGACUCUUGAUCAAACCGAAGGAUGAUCUACGCACUGACCAGCGUCUUAUGGAGUUCAAUGGAUUGAUCAACCGGUCGUUGAAGCGCGAUACCGAAUCCAGCAAACGACAGCUCUACAUCAGGACGUACGCCGUCACACCUUUGAACGAGGAGUGCGGUAUCAUCGAAUGGGUGGACGGUCUGAAAACGCUCCGCGAUAUCCUCCUAGGCAUCUACAAGACGCGGAACAUCACACCCAACUACCAGCGCAUCGCGGAGCUAAUGAAGCAGGCGUGCACGUCCGAAGAAAACCUCCAUCUCUGGUCCGAAGACGUGCUCGGCAUGUUCCCCGACGUGCUACCGGAAUGGUUCAUCUCGCAAUUCCCCGACCCAUCAGCUUGGUUCGCCUCCCGGUUGCGGUACACGCGCUCCUGCGCCGUCAUGUCCAUGGUCGGUACGAUCCUCGGUCUCGGCGACCGACACGGCGAGAACGUGUUGCUAGAGGAAGGAAACGGCGGCGUCUUCCACGUCGACUUUAACUGCCUGUUCGACAAGGGCCUGACAUUCGCCCAGCCGGAAAAGGUGCCCUUCCGGCUGACGCACAACAUGAUUGCUGCCAUGGGCAUCUACCGCUACGAGGGCCCCUUCCGGAACUGCAGCGAGCUGACGCUGAAGGUGUUGAGGCAACAGGAGGAGACGCUAAUGACGAUCCUUGAGGCGUUCAUCCAUGACCCGACGCUGGAUCUGCAGAAGCCCAAGAAGAGGACACAUUAUGUCGUCAAGCUAAAUCCGACCAGCGUGGUGGAGAGUAUCAAGCGCAAGGUUAGGGGAUUGUUGCCGCAUGAGAAGAUACCCUUGGGUGUGGAGGGUCAGGUGGAGGAGCUCAUUAAGCAGGCGACAGAUCCGAAGAAUCUGGCGGCUAUGUACAUUGGAUGGUGUCCAUUCUUGUAG